AAAGGCUCAAAAAACAAAACACAGAUAGACAGAGUGUAAGCAGCAAAGCACAAAUAACGGCGGCGUUCAACGCCGUCGUCAUAGUAUAUAUACUCCGUUUUCAACGGUCCGACUUCCGUUUUCAACCACAUUUUAUUCUCCCCAUACAUAGGAAAACAACCACGCAUUUACAUACAAAAUCCCCAGAAAACAAAUAUAGCAGAUUGAAUUCACUUCACUUCUUUUAUGGUUGCUUGCUUCUUCCGGCAGCUAUGGUGGAUUAGGGUUUUACCUUCUUAAUUAACCUCAGCUUAACCCAGAUUCUGUUUUUCAUUUUUUUCAUUUUCAAUUUAUUUGUAAAGGGUCAAAAAAAGAAUGAAGCUAAAGAGUGAGACUGUUCGCUCGGCAAGGCUGCUGAAGUAUGUGUUCAUGGGGUUAUUAGUGUUUCUGGGAUUUGUUUGUUUGUACAAUAGCUUGCUGUUUUCCACUGGUUUGCCACGUGGCGACGAAUCAUUUGAGGACGGCGUUGACCCCGUUACCGGCAGAUUUGUUGCCAAAAAGGAUUUUGAUGAACUGUUUGUUGACGACGAAGAGCACAAUCCUGAUAUUCCGAAAAGAAUUCCGGUUUGUGAUUUGAGAUAUUCGGAGUUGAUUCCGUGUUUGGAUAGGCAUUUAAUAUACCAAAUGAAACUUAAGCUCAAUUUGACCUUAAUGGAGCACUAUGAAAGGCAUUGCCCGCUUCCAGAGCGCCGCUUCAAUUGCCUUAUCCCUGCUCCCAUUGGCUACAAGAUCCCAAUUAGAUGGCCUGCGAGUCGUGACCAAGUCUGGAAGUCAAAUAUACCCCACACACAUCUCGCACGGGAGAAAUCGGAUCAGAAUUGGAUGAUUGUGGAUGGGGAGAAGAUUAAGUUUCCAGGUGGUGGAACUCAUUUUCAUAACGGAGCUGACAAAUACAUUGUAGCUAUCGCAGGGAUGCUUAAGUUUCCUGGUGAAAGACUCGAUCACGGUGGCCAUAUUCGAAGUGUUCUUGACAUUGGUUGUGGAGUUGCGAGUUUUGGAGCAUAUCUUCUCCCGCUUAACAUCGUAACCAUGUCAUUGGCUCCUAAUGAUGUUCAUGAGAAUCAAAUACAGUUUGCACUGGAGAGGGGUAUACCAGCUACUUUAGGUGUUUUAGGGACAAGAAGACUACCAUAUCCGAGUAGGUCUUUUGAAUUGGCUCAUUGUUCUCGUUGCCGAAUUGAUUGGCUUCAGAGAGAUGGCAUUCUUUUGUUGGAAUUGGACAGAUUGUUGAGACCAGGUGGGUACUUUGUCUAUUCAUCGCCAGAAGCGUAUUUACAUGAUGUUGAAAAUCGAAGAAUUUGGGAUUCUAUGUAUGACCUUUUGAGACGAAUGUGCUGGAGAGUUGUUGCUAGGAGAGAUCAAACGGUGGUGUGGGCUAAGCCGUUAAGUAAUAGUUGCUACAUGAAACGAACUCUCGGAACUCUCCCACUUUUGUGUAGCUCCGAUGAUGAUCCAGAUGCAACGUGGAAUGUACUCAUGAAGGCAUGCAUCACCCCGUAUUCAACAAAAAUGCAUCGGGAAAAGGGGAGUGGACUAGAACCCUGGCCACAAAGGCUUACAACUGCUCCACCGCGUUUACAAGAAAUUGGUAUAAGCGUUGAGGAAUUUCAGAAAGACACAGACGUAUGGCAUUUCAGAGUGGCAGAGUAUUGGAAACAGAUGAAAUCUGUUAUACAGAGGAACUCAUUCAGAAAUAUCAUGGACAUGAACUCAAACCUCGGGGGAUUUGCUGCUGCUCUAAAAGACAAGGAUGUUUGGGUGAUGAACGUAGCUCCAGUUAAUGCAUCUGUCAGAUUGAAGAUAAUCUAUGAUCGAGGCCUCAUUGGAACAGUUCAUGACUGGUGUGAAUCAUUUUCAACAUAUCCCCGUACGUAUGACUUGAUACAUGCAUGGUCAGCAUUCUCAGAGAUAGAGGAGAGAGGUUGCAGCUGGGAAGAUCUGUUGAUUGAAAUGGACCGAAUGCUGAGACCAGAAGGUUUUGUGAUCAUCAGAGACAAACCUGCUGUCAUAAAUCAUAUACGUAAAUACUUGGCUUCUUUCAAGUGGGACAAAUGGUCUUCGGAGGUGGAACCUAGUACUGAUGCUCUCUCUACUACAACUGAAGAAAGAGUUCUCAUUGCAAGAAAAAAUUUGUGGGACGAAGAUUCGGAGUUAUAAAUCUGGUUUAAUUUACUUCAGCCGUACAUAUGAUCUGCUGUUUCCAUCUAGUAGUAAUUGUUAGGUGGGAAGUUAAAUCACUUUUGUCUUUGUUUUAUUUAUUAAUGAUGAGGAUUGUAUUCCAUUUUCAACGGUUCAUGCAAAAGUGCAUAUUUGUGAUACAUUUGAUCCUCCUCUGCUAUUAUAUUACAUCCUGAAUUAAAGACAUGCUAUUUUCUUUA